AUGCCGCCCCUUUUGGCAUCGCUUCCAGUACAUCGAAUUACCCCGUAUCGCCCUGCUUUUGCCUUCACGGAAAUCGAUUACUCCGGUCCUCUUACUGUACGUGUUGGUGGAAAAGGUGUAAGGCACGAAAAGCGAUGGAUCAGUCUUUUCACGUGUCUAACAACCAGGGCUGUUCAUCUAGAAACUUCAGUUGGACUCAGUCUGGAAGAAUUCUUGCUGUGCUUCACCCAGUUCGUCAGUGUACGUGGAAAACCGGAGGUAAUUUACAGCGACAAAGGAACAAAUAAUGUUGCAGCCGAGCAAGAACUUCGCCAGGCUCUGGAAAAACUUGUCGAAAGACGCAACGAACUCCAGACCAUAACCUCCUGUCAGCAGAUAAAAUGGCAUUUUUCUCCUCCGGAUGGGCCCCAUUUCGGGGGAGUAUGGGAAAGACUGGUGCAAUCGUGCAAACGUGCGAUGAAAAUCAGUGUUGGGACUCGUCUCGUCACUGAUCGUGUCCUAAGAACCGUCGUUGCCGAGGUGGCCGCCUUGCUCAAUUCAAGACCACUGACUCAUCUCAGCAUGGAUCCUUACAAUCCUGAUCCCCUCACACCGAAUCACUUUCUACACGGUGGGGCACGUCCUUAUACACCACUAAAGUUAUCAGAUGAAGAAAACGUAGACGUAACCGCAAAGCAAUUUCUGCAAAGCCAGGCCAUCAUUCAACAUCUUUUGAAUCGAUGGCUACGUGAAUACGUUCUUCAUCUGACUGAAAGAAGAAAGUGGGCCGAAAAUCGGCCAAAUGUUACUGUGGGGGAUAUAGGGCUUGUUAUUGAAUCAAAUACUUUACGUGGGCAGUGGCCAUUAGGCAAAGUGAUAGAAAUAAUGUCCAGUGCCGCUGACAAUGUCGUUAGAGUGGUUAAAGUGAAGCUUGUUAACCACAAAAACCCUUUUAUAGGCCCUGUGACAAAGCUCUUUGUUUUAGCUACGGCCAAAGGGCAAGGGGUAAAACGUUUAAAUGGAUUGUACUGA